CUCGCGACAAGUCAGAGCUAUAAAAACCUCCUACUGCAGUUACUGACAGAAGAGUCAUUCUUCUCCGGAGUGUGGAGUAGAGAACCCAAGAAACAGCAGAUCCAAACAAAGCUUCGAGGAAAUUUGUGCUCCAGGUGUUAGUUUCAUCCAGGUUUUAACCGGCAUCUGCAGAACUAAACUCGCACUCCGUCAGUGGUUCAAACUCCAACACCAUGAUGCAAAUAAACUCGGACGCCAGCUUUCAUAAGCACUCGCUGCUAAACGUGAUGAACCGCUUCCUCGCUGCGGCCAACAACAUGGACGAGACCAUCAUGGUGCCUAGUUUACUGCGGGACGUACCACUGGAUGAGCAAGAAGGGGAUACGUCGAUGCACAGCAACAACGAGCUGCCCUUCCCGAGCAAGCAAAGGGACAUGUACGAGCAUUACCUGUUGCUGAAGUCCAUUAAGAAUGAGAUGGAGUGGGGUUUGCUGAAACGUGACCUGGGUGGCGGCGCCAGCUUCCUGGAAAUGGCGGUGAAGCAGGAGGAACAGCAGGUGCCAGACGGACCAGCAGAAGAUGACGCCGACUUAGAAAGCCAGUUCCACUUCCACCUCCGUGGACUCUUCGGGGUCUUGUCCAAGCUCACAGACCAAGCAGAUAACCUCACAAACCGCUACAAGAGGGAAAUCGGUGGUGGGAGUCUGUUACGAUAAGACCUAUAAAGCUUAACACUGGACUGCAACUUACACUUUGCUGAGGGAUGAUGCUCGAGCAGUUGGACCCUCACAUCUAGGCUUGCCUAUGGACUCUUGCUUAACCUUUUUGCUUUUAAGCAAGAACUAAACCAAUUUCCAGGUGCACAAUUAAUCAUAAGUAGUUACUGCUUUUAUGGGGGAUGAACAGAAAAGCUGUGUGAUUUCAGAAGCGUUUAAAUUAAAGGCUCAUAUUGCUGUGACCCCAUUAGGUGUCUUCACUUCACUAAGUGAAUGACCGACCCUUUACCAUGUGGCUUUAAAUGUCUGUCUUUGGUUGAUGUUGCUCACAUUUUGGGUUGUGUUGGAGAAACACUGAAUGCUGGUUAUUCUGUUUUUCUUCACAUUAGAUUAAAUUCUGUAGAAUGUGGUCCUGUAAUAUCCCCAGGCUAAGUUUUAACAAGGCUUGCUCUUCUGCACUCCAACCAGAGAAGGUGCCCCUUGGGUUGUGUUCUCCAUGGAAAAGAUAAAUGUUGUCUCUCUUGAUCAGUUUGUCCUGUCUGAGUACUACUGUUGCCACAUUUUAGUUUAUUGGUUUUUGUUUUGCCCUAAAUGUUUACUUUUUAUAUGUAUAAAAUGUAACAUAAUGAGUAUAAUAAAUAAAGCAGACUUUUUAGUGUU